UUGCCAGGGUCAAGGGGCAGGUGGGGACAGUGGGGGAGGCAGGACUGACCUGAGGUAAAGCUCAGGGCAAGGAGGCGACAGAGCCACACAAGGAUGAAUCCAGCACCUUCCCCUUCGUCUACGUCUUCACCUACGCCUUCGCCUUCGUCUUCCCUUACACCUUCGUCUUCGCCUUCGCCUUCACCUUCUCUUCAUUUGGACCAGCCAUCACUGCAGCCUUUGCCUUCAUCUUCGUCUUCUCGUUCGCCUUCACAGCACUGGGACGAAGAAAUGCUGCUGCCUUUGCCUUCGUCUUCGCCUUCCUCUUCGCCUUCGCUUCUACCUAUGCCUUCGUCUUCGCCUUCCCCUUCGCCUUCGCUUCUACCUUUGCCUUCGUCUUCGACUUCCCGUUCAUCUUCACCUUCCGGUUCGCCUUCGCCUUCCCCUUCUCCCUCACGUCACUGGGACCAGCCAUUGAAGCUGCGGCGGCUGCUUCACCCCCUCACUCUCCACCCCGAUCUGCUGGAGGCUGCCGAAAAACCGUCACACGCUUCGAGCAUCGAAAGCUUGGAUAAUACCAACCAGUAUUCCCAAUUUGAGCCUGACCCCCAGUUUGAGCCUGACCCCCAGUUUGAGCCUGUCUCCCAGUUUGAGCCUGACCCCCAAUUUGAGCCUGACCCCCAGUUUGAACCUGACCCCCAGUUUGAGCCUGACCCCCAGUUUGAGCCUGACCCUCAGUUUGAGCCUGACCCCCAUUUUGAGCUUGACCCCCAAUUUGAGCCUGACACCCUGUUUGAGCCUGACACCCAGUUUGAGCCUAGCGACUCUCUGCCUGAUCAGGAGAUUAAGACCCUGGAGGAAGAUGAAGAAGAGCUCCUUAAGAUGCGAGCAAAGCUGUUCCGAUUUGCUUCUGAGAAUGACCUUCCAGAGUGGAAAGAGCGAGGGACAGGUGAUGUGAAGCUCCUGAGACACAGGGAGAAAGGGACAAUUCGCCUCCUCAUGAGACGGGACAAGACUCUGAAGAUUUGUGCGAAUCACUAUAUAACUCCGCUGAUGGAGCUGAAGCCCAAUGCAGGCAGUGACAGGGCUUGGGUUUGGAACACAUAUGCUGACUUUGCUGAUGAAAGUCCAAAGCCAGAGCUGCUGGCCAUCAGAUUCCUGAAUGUAGAAAAUGCCCAGGAGUUUAAGGCAAAAUUCGAAGAAUGCAAGAGGGAACUAAGGGAACUAAAAAAACAAGAGAAAAUCAGUGCUCGUUCUUGUAACACAGUGUGACUGAGACCGUGCUGGGCGAGUAGCAGAAAGGAAGAGAUCCAAGGAGACCCUUUGAAAAUGAGAUGUUAGUGACCAAGAAACUUUGCAUAUGAAAUGGAAUGUUCUGUUCCACUCUCAGCUUUGGAGACACUGGAAACAAGAAGUUGGUCUCAUGCCUCUGCAUCUGUCCAAACCAUCAUUUCUUAUCUGUUCCUUAUAACAAUAUCCCAAAAAAUUUAA